GGCCCUGCGUUAAGAUUGAGGCCACAUUCUCAUGGUACUAUCAUCGGAAAGGAUAUAGAACAACUGAGUGGAGUCAACAGCACAGCAACGGCAGCUGGAUUUAUGGGUCCAACUUCACCUUCACACCCUCCCUAGAUGAUCAGGACAAAUCGAUCACCUGCUGGGUCCGUUACCCUCUUAACUGGGUUAAGAACACCAUCUCCGUUGAUAUCGCUGAUCCACCCAAGACUGUCGAAAUCUCCACAAAUGCUACAGAUCGCAGUCAUCUUGCUUUGUGCUCACCGGAAGCCGAGGGGGGUCCAGAUCCAGUGGUGGUCCAAGAAGGUGAAAGCAUCAGCCUGAGCUGUAAUGCAGAGAGCAGACCCCAACCCACCCUGAGCUGGAGGAAGGGGAACGAGACCCUGAAGAGCACCAGGCAGGGCAAGGAGUGCGUUCUCUUGCUAUCCAAUGUCAGACCCGAGGAUGCCGGGGAGUACCAGUGCUGGGCAGAGACUCCAGAAGGCUCAGCCAAUAAGACCCUGCGGCUGUGUGUGCUGUAUGGUCCAAGGCUCAGCAGCAACCAGUCCAGGAGCUCAUGUUGGCAAGAAGAACACAGUCUCCACUGCAACUGCUCUCUGAACUCCUGGCCUCUGCUCCAGAUCCAGUGGGAAGUAGACGGGCAGACCCUCAGUGAGGACAGCAAAAGCGGGGGCCCACAGGUCACUUCCAGUGCCCAAAAGAAUGCAGUUACCAGCUCUCUGAGCUGGCCAACAGGGAAACUAGAUAAGAGCCAUAACAUCAUUUGCCGUGGGGCAAAUCAUUUGGGGACCUACACAAUGCACUUUCUAUUCAGUCCCCCUACAAAAGUCGAGUGGAACCGUGGAAGUUCAGUCAUUUCUGGGUUCUGUGGCGCUUUAGUGGCUAUCAUCCUUUGUGUGCUUUGCCUCGGCCUGAUCAAGUUUUAUAAGCAGAGGAAAGUGAAAGCGUCUUCCAAAGCUGGUGGUGCGGAAGUUCUGAAUUCUGCCAAUGGGGGGCACCAGAGACCCAGUGACGGCAGCGUGAUCUAUAGCAACGUUUCACCUUUGGGUAAAAAAUCACCUAGUGACCAAUCCAAUGCAGCCAGAGGGAGGAUUCGUACGUCCAGCCUCCGAGUUCCCAGUGCAAGCAUUCCUGAGCCAGAGCUAUACUAUGCAACCCUGGAGUUCUCCAAGCUGAAAGCCAAAGAGCCAACACCCCCAGAGGAGUUUGUGGACUAUUCAGAAGUCAAACAGAAAUAACCCCCCCCCACACACACUUUCAAAGAUGCAGUGGAGUAGACAAGGGUCAUCCACAGCACGACUGACGUAGAUGCGGGGUAAUGGUACAAAAGCAAAGGACAGGGGGAUCAAGUAGAGUCGUCAGUUUCUGAGUACAGUUUUGCCAAUGUAACUUUACUGCCUCUGCACUUCCUCCCAAUGGACAAGAAAAGAGAAACCUUAGGACAUGCUCAGAGCCAUAAAAGAGAAUUCCUUUGCAACAAUUCUGGCUUCAUCAGAUGGCUUUCCCUUUACCUGUUAGCUGAGAGGAGGACACCUGCCUGUG